AGUGAUCUUGCACCAAGCUUGAACACACCUUGCAACAUCUGCUGCGCCCAAAGAUUUUUGCUCAUGUCCUGCAAGCUCUCGAUGCCUCCCAUCUCCAGGCACAGGCCACCAGCAUCACACUUGCUCUCUGCAUUUGCAAAAGGAACAGAUGGGGUUUUGCAGCCAUUGGCAGCCAGAGUGACAGCUCGAGUGCCGGGACUGCAUGCUGCUGCACUAUCAAAUUCCACUCACUCACUCCCCAGCACACCCGGGAUGGCAGCACGAUUGAGCUGCACGCCCAGCAGUCCUGGCUUCUCUCCAUUUGGCUGCCUGAACCGAUCAGCCACGAGCCGAUACAUUGCAAGCCGUGCUGUUCAGCGGAGUUUGGCCAUCAUCCGUCAAGCCAAACAGAAGAAAGAGAAGAAGAAGGAAUACUGCAUGUACUACAACCGCUUCGGCAAGUGCAAUCGUGGGGAGAACUGCCCCUACAUCCAUGAUCCAGAGAAGGUGGCUGUCUGCACCAGGUUUCUCCGUGGCACGUGCAAGAAGACAGAUGGGAAGUGUCCAUUCUCCCACAAAGUUUCCAAGGACAAGAUGCCAGUGUGCUCCUACUUCUUGAAGGGGAUCUGCAACAACAGCAACUGCCCCUACAGCCACGUCUAUGUGUCCAGGAAGGCAGAAGUGUGCCAGGAUUUUCUCAAAGGCUAUUGCCCUAUGGGAGAAAAGUGCAAGAAGAAGCACACGCUGGUUUGCCCAGACUUUGCCAAGAAAGGCAUCUGCCCCAGGGGCGCCUGCUGCAAGCUGCUGCACCCAAAAAAGAAACGUCACUCACCGGGGAACUGUGCUGGUGAAGAUCCCCCUUCCAAGUGGAGACGGCUCUGGGAGGAGACAAACAGGAAUGAUCCAGUUCAACUCUCUCCUGAUGGGGAAGUGCCCGGACCUUCCAGCAUGGAGGAAGAUGUGAAGUUUUGGAAGGAAGUGGACACCUCUCGAAGCAGCUGUCUGCAGAAGCUGCCAUCCUUCAUCUCCCUCCAGUCCUCGACCUCUCCAGGUGAUAAGAAGUACAAAGUGGAGAGGGAUGAGGAUGAACCAAUGGAUGAGCCAGGUGGCACCAAAUGGAAAAGAACCUCAAUGUGGGUGACCUUACAGGACUCAGAAAGCACCACUCUGGAGGAGGGUAGUAGAGGCAAACAGCUGCAAAUCAAGCCCAGGCUGUGACCGUUGUCCCUGUGGCAGCUGACCAGCUCAGGAAACACUGAGCCAGGCAUUGCCUGGCACCUACCUCAGGACACCGUGCUGGGACAUGGCACCUUUCUUUUUGUUUUUCUGGGAUAUUAUUUUACCAGAGAGCCUGGCAGUGGCAUGGAGGAGCGUUCCCUCAGCCCAGCCCCUCAGGGAGGUGGUUUUGUUGAAGUAUUUUAAGUUUGGGAAUAAAUUCUGGUUUAAGUUGGCUUAUUUAAGGCUCCUGGGGAGGAUGAAGAGUGGAGAUGUCCAACCAGCCAGGCGCAUGGACACUGCUUGGAUGUAGGAUACAAGCACCCUACCAAGCAUCCUUGGUCAUAUGCCUGCAUCCAGACCCCUUGCUCUAUUUGGGAUGAGGUACCUGGUGAUCUCAAGUCAUAAUGGUAGGGUAUAGCAUGACACAAAAUUCCCACGUAGGUUGGAGUUUCCAUGCCAAAAGCCAGCCUGCAUCCUGCUCCAUCCCUUAUUUUCAGGAGCAGCACUGAGUUCAGACCGUUGCUAUGUGUCCCAGUGGGGUUUUGCUCUCUUGGAGAUCCAAACUAGCUUUUUUUCGUGGUCUUUGGACCCCUAUGAAUCCAGAUGGGAGCCAAAGCAGCUCCCAGCCUGGUAGGAAAUAACAACAACGGUGUAACUGCUCAGCGUGGCACAACCUCAAUGCUCAACUGCUGUCCCUCAUGCAUUAUUAAUCUGAUAUCUCACAGCAUCCUACUUCCUAGGGGGAUGUCUGUUCAUCCUGACCCUUGAUGCUCCCCUGCACCAGCCCUGAUCCGCGUGACAAGUUGUGCCAAUCUCUGGUCUUGGUUUACCUCCUCCUGUAGAGCAACGAGCUGAUAAAAGAUGGAUCAUGGCUCUGAUUGCUGCCGUUGUGCAGAUGGAUGGAGGCACUGAUGAUUGUUGAUAGUGCUCAGUGUGUUGGCCAGGUUUUGGUUUUCCUGCUCCAUGAUUUAAAGGCGUGUGGGGAGCCCUCUGCCAAGCAGAUUUCUGCUAGCUCUGCAGCUUUUGAAAUGCUGCCGUGAUUUUUGCAUCCAUGGAUUCAAUUUUCAGAGUGGUUUUGGGUGGUGGAUGCCGUUCCCUGACACGGAGGACAGGUCAACCCUUGCCAAGAGGUGUCAGGAGGCUUGAUUUGCUCAUCUGUGUCCUUAAAUAGCAAGAUUUGCCUAUCUGAUAGGCAGUACCUUAGGACAAACUUUAUUUUGAGAGCCCUGUGGGGAAAAGGCAGCAGCAUUAUACAAUUUAGGACUGCAUGCCCCAUAGGGGCAGUGCCACAGUUCUACAUGCACGUGCCAAUCUUUGCACUGCAAACGCAUUUUGCUUGGUCCCGAUGCUCGUGGCAUCACCCCACUCAUCCCACUGGAGUUUGGAUGAACCCAUGAGCCCCCACCUCUGGCAUUUCCAACAAGAAGGCAGCAGGGGUGCCAGCUCUGUUGUCUCCAGAGAGCAGGCACCCAGGUGUGCUUGGCCAUGGGAUGGGUGACAAUGUCACCGUGUCGCCGCAGGCUCAGGUGUACAACAGCUCCAAUAAAGCUGAUGGCUGCAUUUUCACACCCAGCACAUCCCCCAGAAGAGCUGUGUGUGUGAGCACCCCGUAGAGGGUGGGGGCACAGACUGGAAGGCUCCCCCCUGCCCAGCUCAUAAAGGGAGGGAGUGAUGGGAUUUAUGGUAGGCAGAGCCCCCGGGUCGUGUUUCACCCCAACACAUGGCUCGGGUGACUUGGGGCAUGGCAGGCCACCACAGGCACCGUGUCAUCGAUGCUUGUCACCUCUUGAAGAAGGGCAGAGAAAUUAGAGUGGGGGACCCUAUUGCUCCACCCUUCUUCUGCUUUCUGCACCGAUUUGGGGUUUCGUGUGACCGUCUUUAUGGGAAAAUUCAACCAAGCAUUGUGUAUGGAGUUCCUUGUUUGUUUUUUUUUUAAUAAAGUUGUUGUCGUCCCCGUUGUUACUAAAUGUCUUUUAUUAAUUUGUGCAUUUUUGUAUUUAAAUAAAAGAGUUUCUGCCUGGA